CGCAGUGGUAUUGGCUCCUCCUCCGGCUCCAGAGGCUUUGUAAAGGGUCACGUUGCGCUGCAGCAGUGAAACAGGAGACGACUCCCGCAUCUCUCACGCACAACUCACCUGCUCUAUCCGCCGAAGACAUCUUCCAACAGCCGCCAUGACUCACCAGUACCCCGCGCUGACUACUGAGCAGAAGAAGGAGCUGCAGGACAUCGCUCAGAGGAUAGUCGCUCCAGGAAAGGGCAUCCUAGCUGCCGAUGAGUCCACCGGCAGCAUGGCGAAACGCCUGAACCCCAUCGGGGUGGAGAACACGGAGGAGAACAGGCGCCGCUACCGCCAGCUGCUCUUCACCGCGGACCAGCGCAUCGACAGCUGCAUCGGCGGCGUCAUCUUCUUCCACGAAACCCUCUACCAGAAGACCGACGAUGGCACUCCCUUCGCUAAGCUCAUCAAAGACCGCGGCAUCGUUGUCGGCAUCAAGGUCGACAAAGGUGUCGUGCCCCUCGCUGGAACAAACGGAGAGACCACCACCCAGGGUUUGGACGGCCUCAGCGAGCGCUGCGCUCAGUACAAGAAGGACGGCGCCGACUUCGCCAAGUGGCGCAGCGUGCUGAAGAUCAGCGAGACCACGCCAUCCCAGCUGGCCAUCAUGGAGAACGCAAACGUGCUGGCCCGAUAUGCAAGCAUCUGCCAGCAGAACGGCAUCGUCCCAAUCGUGGAGCCAGAGAUCCUCCCUGACGGGGACCACGACCUGAAGCGUUGCCAGUACGUCACAGAGAAGGUCCUGGCCGCCGUCUACAAGGCGCUGUCGGACCACCACGUGUACCUGGAGGGGACGCUGCUGAAACCCAACAUGGUCACGCCUGGACACUCCUGUCCCACCAAGUUCUCCAGCGAGGAGAUCGCCAUGGCUACCGUCACCGCCCUGCGCCGCACCGUACCCCCCGCUGUUACAGGAGUGACUUUCCUGUCCGGUGGCCAGUCUGAGGAGGAGGCCAGCGUAAACCUGAACUCCAUCAACACCUGCCCACUGACCAAGCCCUGGGCCCUGACCUUCUCCUACGGCCGCGCCCUGCAGGCCUCCGCCCUCAACGCGUGGAAAGGGGAGCUGAACAACGAGAAGGCCGCCACCGAGGAGUUCAUCAAGCGCGCCCAGGCUAACGGGCUGGCCGCUCUCGGAAAGUACGAGUCCUCCGGAAACGCCGGCGCCGCCGCCAAGUCCCUCUACGUGGCUAACCACGCCUAUUAAACAUCCAACUACCACAUUCAGCUGUGGCCUAGUUCUAGUCUUAAUAUCUGCUCUGCUAUUCCCUCCCCACUGUCCCCCCCCCACCAUCAGUCACAGGCCUGCGCUGUCUACUGUACUUUGUUAAGAGUUAUUAACAUUACAUUAUUAGAUGUCUAUUUAAAAUCUAUGUAAGAAUGCAAUACUAAAGGGAACAGGCUUUUAUUAUUUUUUUAUCCCAACAAUUCAGGCAGGUUUUAGUGUUGAAUUUCAUGUCUAGCUGUGGUUAGACUCUAAGAUUAAUGCAGAAUGUAAUCCAGAGAACCCGUCAGUAUUCCUUUCAUGCCUCUUCAUAAGAACUUCCCCUCUCCCCUCCCAGUACAGAGCAGCACGCGCGCUUCAGUGUUUCGCUUCCAUCAGCGCACAGCGUUGGGCCUUCGUCGAUGUCCUGUACUAACAUUCACACUAACCGUGGGACCAACCAACCAAUCGCGGCACCGGUACAUCCGUUUUAAGGGCAAAACGAGAAGCUGAGCGGAGGGAAGUCAAAAUGUGGAACUGGGUCGAUGUUGCGUAGUUCGUCGGUGGCUCCAGCAGAGGUCACUAGACACAGAUUACUGUAAUAAACCGCUGCACACCGGUAACCUUUUUUCAUUUUUUGUUCUCGUGCUCCUCAUUACCAUUAUCCAAAAAAAAAAGCAACCAUCACGUGUGUCUUCUCAGUAUAACAUUAGCUUUGACUUACACUCGGUAAAUAUCGUGUUUAGUUGUGUGAAGGUGUCGAUAUUAUGUGAUUUCUGUGUCACCCCCCCCCCCCCCCAUCCUGCCCGGCCCUCCUGUUUCCCCCCUGCCUGCCCCACGGGAAGAUCAGACGAAUUUCUAUCGAUGCAGACAUGACACGGACCAACACAUGGGGUCAGCAGCGCAGAAACAGUCACUGCUUUAUUGGAUUAAUGUGGUGUUUGUGAUCUUAUUAUUGUUCUUGAAACAAUCAGUGUGUCAAAUAGUGCAGAAAUAAACUAAAA